AAUCGUUAAAAAACAGAAAAAAAUCGCUGUGAAAAUGUCACGAAUCAACUAAAUAAUCACACACACACACAAAUACUGAAACACACACAUACAGAAUAUACGGGAAGUAGGCGUUUUGGACGCACUCAGGAUACGCAUGGACAAAGGCACAAUGAAGCGCAAGCAGAGAAGAUACAGAACCACAUUUAACACACUGCAGCUGCAGGAGUUGGAGCGUGCUUUUCAGCGCACGCAUUAUCCGGACGUGUUCUUUCGGGAGGAGCUCGCCGUUCGAAUUGAGCUGACGGAGGCUCGAGUCCAGGUUUGGUUCCAGAACCGGCGUGCCAAGUGGCGCAAGCAGGAAAAACUGGGCGGAGACUUCAAAGAGGGAACGGGUCUGGAGCUGGAUGUGGCCUUUGACGAUAGUGCGGUGCUAGGACAGCUGGACAACGCCUUGGCUGGUGGAGGGACUCUGCUGCCAGAUACGCCACCACAGUCUUCCAACUCGCUGGAUAACGAGCUUAAGGCACCUUACGGCACAGGAGGAUUAUCGCCAUCGAGACUCUCACCAAAUAUCUUUCUCAAUCUCAACAUUGAUCAUCUGGGGCUGGAACGUGGUGGCAGCGGUCUGUCCAUGGAAUGGUCCACCUAUCCGCCGUCCACGCCGUCCACACAGCCGGAGCUGGCGACGCAUCCUCAGCAUGAGGAGCUGCAUCCACAACCGCACCAGCAACAGCAGCCGCAACAGCAGCAACAUCAGCAACAGCAGCAGCAGGAGCAACAGGUUUGCCACUUGGAUGCAGUGCAGCAUCAGGCGCUGGCCAAUGCCUUUGGCACAUCCCUCGAUCUGGACAUGAACGACGGCUGCUCCGCCUACGAUGAGAUGAAAUAUCUCAGCGUCGAUCAGUUUACGAUCGAUAGCUUCAAGGCGGAUUGCAUUCUCAGCAUGGAGCACGCUCUGGCCAUGGAGGAUAAACAAGCUCCGUUGACGCACGUCUCCUCAGCCUACGAGAGUCACUCCUUGGCCACAGACAAUGGUGUGCUCCAUUCGCUGUGCCUGGACAUGGGCAUGUCAUCCAACUUUGGUGGACUCUCUUUGCUCACCUCCCACGUCACGGACUCCGAGACGCAACCCAAAUCGCCGCCAUCGCUGCUUGUCCUCGAUAAGACUCUAAAUCUGCCCCUGGAUGGCAUCGGAGAUCUUGUGGAGCAACUGCAUCAUCAUCAUCAUCACGACGUUGGAGUUGGCGGCGACUUGGUUUAAACAUUAUUCUAGAACAAUUCUAAGCAUACUAUAGUUAAUGUUAUUCUAUCCUAGCUGUAAUCUCUCGACUUUCAUACUCUUUUCAGAUUAAGGAAAAAAAAUGUUUAAAGAUCAAUUAAGAAAGAAAUCUGAGUAUUAGCUGAAAUAUUUCAGUUUGGUGUAUGUGUAUUCCACUGAAAAGAGUAUCCUAGCUUCGGUGUGUAUUGAAGUUUUCUAAAGAGUAAUUUCCAAAAUAUCCUUGCAGGCAUAAUUAUUAUUAUAAUUAUUCUACCUUAUUAAUGAAGACAGUUUAGUUAGAUGAAUUUCAACUUUGUCAGUGUGUCCUGUUAACUUCAAAGUAAACAUAGCUCAUAGACAUUUUUCUAGUUUUGUAAAAAUUAAAUACCCUUGGGUGGAAGAGGUUUUAGGGUUUUAGGGUAUAAGGUAUUUAAAAUUAUGUGUCGAAAUUAGUGAUGUAAUUCCAAACUGUGAGUUGAGUUUAAAAUCGAAAUCUAACAAUCGAAAAAAAUCGAGUUGUCGGUCAAUCGGCAAAUAAUACAGAGAGUCACAUAUAUCGAGUUUUCCAAUUCACUUUCUUUUUUUUUUAAGUUUCAAGGGGAAUGUAUG